AUGGCAGGACCACCGUACGUGACUCCGCCGCCGCCGCCGCCACCGCCACCGGCUCCGUCGCCGACGACGCACGUCACGGUCAUCGUCAUCAUCGUCCCGAUCGUCGGCGUGAUAUGCCUCGGGCUGCUGGCGGCCCUACUGUUCGUCCUCUGCAUCAGGCGCCGGCGCCGGCGCCGGUGCCCGGACGUGGAGGAGGAGGCGAAGGUGGAGGACGUGGAGGUGAAGGUCACGGAGCACGUGCGCAUCGUGGAGGGGGUCGUCGGCGAGGCCGGCAAGGUCGAGGCGUACAAGGCCGGCGGCUGUGGAGAAGGCGGCGGCGUCGUGGAGGGGGCCGGGGCGGUGGCGGUGGCGGGCGGGAUCGUCGUCAAGGAUGACGUCAAGGUGGAGGAGCACGUCGUCAGGUUCACCGAGGCGUCGAAGCGGGAGCAAGAGUGAUCUCAUGAAUGGUUGACCUUGGCCGUGUGCAUGUCAAGUGUCGUGUACAUGUGUGUGUGUGAUGUGCAUUUGGUAUUUCUAUCCAUGUUAUAUUCCGUUGUAAUUGGGUCAAAUUA